AACAAUAUGACGUCAGGAUCCGACAAAGAUAGAGAGACCUUCGUCUACAUGGCCAAGCUCUCCGAACAAGCCGAGCGAUACGACGAGAUGGUGGAGACGAUGAAGAAAGUGGCGAGGGUGGACAGCGAGCUUACGGUGGAGGAGAGGAAUUUGUUGUCUGUUGGGUACAAGAACGUGAUCGGAGCAAGACGGGCCUCGUGGAGGAUAAUGUCUUCCAUCGAGCAGAAGGAAGAGUCUAAAGGCAACGAAUCGAACGUGAAAAGCAUCAAGGGAUAUCGCCAAAAGGUAGAAGACGAGCUCGCAAACAUCUGCCAAGACAUUCUCAACAUCAUCGAUCAGCAUCUCAUUCCUCACGCUACCUCAGGAGAAGCCACCGUUUUCUACUACAAGAUGAAAGGAGAUUAUUACCGUUACUUGGCUGAGUUUAAGACAGAGCAAGAGAGGAAGGAAGCCGCUGAACAGUCGCUCAAAGGCUAUGAGGCUGCAACACAAGCUGCAAGCACAGAGCUUCCUUCGACCCACCCGAUUCGUCUUGGCCUUGCUCUUAACUUCUCUGUUUUCUACUAUGAGAUAAUGAACUCUCCUGAAAGAGCUUGCCAUUUGGCGAAGCAAGCCUUCGAUGAGGCGAUUGCGGAGUUGGAUACUCUAAGUGAGGAGUCGUACAAGGACAGCACUUUGAUCAUGCAGCUCCUGAGAGACAACCUCACCCUCUGGACUUCUGAUCUUCCUGAAGAUGGAGGAGAAGACAACAUCAAGACCGAUGAACCCAAGCAAGAACAGGCUAAGCCUGCAGAAGCCGCCACUGAGGUAUUCAUCAACUUCUCAUGUUUCUUUUCUUGUUGUUCAGAACUGAUCAAAGUUCUUGGAAAGUUGAAUGAGGUUAGAUUCGAUGCCCAGAAGUGGGAGGCCAAUUUCUUUAAGUUCCAUAGCUUGGUCUCAUCAGGAAGAUGGGAUCAGAGACGAUUGAAUUCAAUCCUAUAU